UGGGGAGCGGACCUGCCUCCUCUAGCCGUGAGAGAGAGAGAGAGAGAGGGUCAGGGAGAGAGAGUGAGAAAAAGAGAGAGAGAGGCGUAGGUACGUCUCCCCUCUCACUCCCCUUUUACGGCUUCAGCUACGCCUCUGCUACGGUACACCCCAGACCCCUAGUCUAGUUCAAGACCGGUGAAAAACAAGAAAACAAAUAAAAGUGAAGCCGUGAAAAUAGAAAAAAAAAAGUGUCACUGAUGUGAGGUGUUGGUGUCGAAAAUAAAAAAUAAAUAUAAAUAAAAAUUGUGAUCAGUAUUACACGUGGAUAUUACGUCAUCGCCAUGCCUCGUCGGUACCGAAUCUCUCUCCUGGGUGUACUGGUGGUCUCUGCCUGCAGCGGAGCCCUACGCCUCAAGGAAUCCGUGAUCCCGCCCUACAAGCUCCGCGGGGAGACCGUCGAGCUCCGGUGCGAUUUCGAGAAGGAGAACUCCUCCAUCUACUCCGUCAAGUGGUUCAAGGACGACGAGGAGUUCUACCGUUACGUCCCACGGGAUAAUCCUCAGUACAACAUCUUCCCUAGGAACGGAGUCAAGGUCGAUCAAGAGUCUCUCCAGCCCAACCGCGUUGUCCUGAAGGAGGUCGACUUCAACACCUCCGGGCAGUACAGGUGCGAGGUUUCAGCAGAAGGACCCGAAUUCAACACAGUCAUAGGAACUGGAAGUCUUUUGGUCGUGGAGCCUCCUACUGCAGGCCCAGUCAUCACAGGAGGGAAGGAGAAGUACAAGGUCAACGAGACAGUUGACCUCCUGUGCACCUCGAGUCCUUCAAGGCCGGCGACCUUCCUCUCCUGGAGGAUAAACGACAGGCCGGCCCCACGAGAGCUGGUGAUGAAGGAGCCCUUGUACGUGGCCAAGGACGGCCUCGUCACGCAGUUCUCCCGUCUCAUGUUCGUCGCUCGCCCUCACCAUUUCGUCCGCGGCCUCCUCAGGGUCAAGUGCGUGGCGGAGAUCAACGAAAGGCGGAUGGCCCACCACCCCACGAUACCCGAAACCUUCAGGGCAUGGGAGAGAUCUUUCCAAGCCAGCACAGGACACCGGGUCCUACCACCCACCUACUUCGUGUUAGCCUUCGCCCUCUCCUUCGUCAGUAGAUGAAAUGCAGCAGACCCUCCCUCCCCCUUACCCUCCUCCUCCUCCUCCUCCACCUCUGUACGAAGGAUAUCUCUAGGAUAAUCAUAGGACUAGGCCUCUAAAUAACCUUUGAAAAUAUAAAGCAUUCGAGUAAGCAAUUCGCUUGUGGUUCUUCUUUUAUUUUAGUGUCGCCAUGAUGAGAAACUGUGAGACUCUUCUCGAGGUAAUCCAGUGAUACCGUCGCUUUGUGUAUGAGUGAAAAGGGAAAAUGGUACUUUGUGUAUAAAGGGAAAAAAGGAAAAAAACAAAGGAGCUCUGACGGUCAAGUGGUGAUGAUAAACUCCAAAAUAAUGUGCGAUAAAGUUGUUUAACUUUGUUUAUACAAAGAGGAGAGUUGUCUGGAGUGUGAAUAAUGCAGGUGCUUUACUUUGUGUAUAUAUAAACAAGGUAAAAUGGAUUCCAAAUGCUAUAUAAUAAAGACUUGUUGGACUUGGUGUAUAUAGAAAAAAGGAAAACGGACUUCAAACUGCUAAAUGUUAAGUUUCUGAACUUUGUGUACAUACAAACAAUGACGAAAACAAAGCUCUCCAAAAGUCAAGGAAUAACUUAGUGUGCAUAAUGAGGAAAAUGAUUUAAAACGCCAAGUAAUACAGCUACUCAACUUUGUGUAUAAACAAUGAAAAAAAAAUACUUCUGAGAAGUUAGAUAAUAGAAUUUUUAUGUAUAUAUAAAAACUGUUCUAUGCCGCUGUUGCUUUUCAGAUUGUUUAUAUUAGAAAUGCCCUAACUUUGUGUAUAUAUAGAGAAUAACAAAUUGUGUACAUACGAGGAUGAAGCUGAUCGUAACUAAUGAAUUCUAAAGGGACAUAUGACUUUGUUUAUUGAAAAUAUGUAUAAAUAUCGACUUCAGAAUCUUAUGAUUACAGAUCCUGGAGUGUACGUCAACAAACAAUGAUAAAAUACUCGUCUUAUGAACAUAGUAUGAUAGUGAAACGAGCAGGGU